CGACAGCGCUACACCUGUGUGUGAACUGUCUGCCAAUGAAACCAGGAAUAACGACAAAGAAGAAGAUCUCCCAAUCAUGGAUGAGAUGCCAUUUCUUGGCUUGAUACCUAGACAGACCCUUUCUGAUUAUGAAGAAAGCAGCGUCAUUCAGGAAGUGCGUGAAGAAUUGGAGAGCCUGGAGAACCCAGCAAGUUUGAAGCCUCCUCACGACCCGUUUGGUUGUGUAGUGACGGGAUACAAUUCCAACCACCUUUCUACAACAGGGUGUGCAGAACUACUGUUUCCUGUGUGCACCCCGUUACCUGAAGAAGGUGAACCCUGCCAUGAUCCUUCAAACAGACUUCUCAACCUCAUCACCUGGGAGCUGGAACCCGAUGGAGCACUCGUGCGAUGCCCCUGCGCGAGUGGCUUGAUCUGCCAACCUCAGAGCAACAGCGCUACACCCGUGUGUGAACUGUCUGCCAAUGAAACCAGGAAUAAUGAAAAAGAAGAAGAUCUCCCAAUCAUGGAUGAGAUGCCAUUUCUUGGCCUGAUACCUAGACAGACCCUUUCUGAUUAUGAAGAAAGCAGCGUCAUUCAGGAAGUGCGUGAAGAAUUGGAGAGCCUGGAGAACCCAGCAAGUUUGAAGCCUCCUCACGACCCGUUUGGGUGAGAUGAAAUUUAAAAGUCCAAACACCAGAAAGUUUAGUUAGUUAAUUCUAGAAAUUUUUGUCUAGUGUCUUGCUUCUAUAAACCCUAAACACGUACUGCUGGAUAGAAGUGCAAUAAUCGAGGUCUUCAACAAGCAUCCUUUUGUGUGCACCCAACCUGCAUGUUCAAAUGAUUUUUGAAUUAAAUCAACCCUUGGACCAAACCUGCUGUCAAAGACAAAUGAGAAAUAUAGUAAAGUUUCUUCUGGAUUAGUACUUUCCCCUUGUACGUUAGAAAUAAACUUAUCAGUACUUUUACUCAUUAAAAAAAUACACAUAAGCAUAAAGAAUCUUAAGUUAUUAGUGACUGUAGAAGUGACCUUUGAGUACCUAUGUUUAGAAUCACUCAUUUUUCUAGGGUAAGAAUCAUGUACUUUGGACUGUUUUAAUAUGUUGUUUUUUUUUUUUAAUUUUAAAAAAUACAAUCACUGAAGCUGCAA